UUACACUCUGUUGCAAACAAUUUAGAUGUUCUAACAAUGUGCUUUGAGAGAUUAGGCUAAACUUUUGUUUUCUAAACCAAAUUAUACUUUGCAGCCAUUUGAAUGAAUGUAUUAUAAUUAUUAAUCUGUGGAGUUACUAUAGACAGCAAUGGAAACAGCAUCAGGUUUUUAUGAUGCUUAUGACUUUCAUCCUUGUUAUGAAAUUAACAAUGUCUCUAAAACGCUGCGACGGACUUCUUCUCCAAUAUGUACUUUGCUCUACAUUUUCCUAGGCUUUCUGUCUGUUAUUACGGUGUGUGGAAACCUCCUUGUAAUAAUCUCCAUCGUUUAUUUUAAGCAGCUCCACACACCAUCUAACUAUCUGAUUGUCUCUCUGGCUGUGACUGACCUACUCGUUGGGAUUGUAGUCUUUCCUCUGAGCAUGUCUUUCUCUCUGAGCUUCUGUCUGCAUUUCAGAGAUCUAUUCUGUAAAAUACGAGACAGCUUUGAUGUUAUACUGAGCUCCACCUCCAUUUCAAAUCUAUGCUGUAUUUCUGUAGACCGAUAUUAUGCAGUGUGCCACCCACUGACAUAUAGAUCAAAGAUAAACACCAGUGUUGUUGUGAUUAUGAUCCUUAUGAGCUGGGGAGUUUCUGUACUUGUAGCCAUAGGUUUUGUUGUUGCAGAGUUAAAUCAGGAAAAAUGUCAAGAAAACUGUUUUUCUGACGUUGUGCUCCAAAUCGCUAUUGCGCCAAUUAUCUCUUUUUAUCUCCCAGUAAUGAUAAUGCUGUAUAUUUACCUGAGAAUAUUUCUUGUUGCUCAAAGACAGACUCGCAGCAUCCAGAAUGCAGCAAAGUCUGGAGAAUCUGUCAGCAACAUGGAGAGGAAGGCUACUAAAACUCUGGCGAUUGUUAUGGGAGUUUUUCUAAUGUGUUGGCUUCCUUUCUUUCUUUGUUUUUCAUCUCAGCUGUUUGGUGGUGUUUCAGUGCCAGUGUAUGAAACGCUUAACUGGCUUGCAUUGUUCAAUUCAAUGCUCAACCCAUUCAUCUAUGCUUUCUUUUACAGGUGGUUCAGGUCAGCGUUCAAAAUGAUAAUUUCUGGAAAAAUAUUUCAGGGAGGUUUUCCUAAUACAAAGCUCCUUUGAAAUAUUUCAGAUAUAACAGAAGAAAUCCCUCAAACAUAUUAUUCAAUGUUUUUUUUUUUUUAGAUAAAUAGCAAUGAUUUGGUUUAUAGUACUGUUUGUGCAAAGUAGUUAUGUCACUUUUUACUGAAGGUUUUGUUUUUUAAGCUGGAUCAAGAUCCUUCACAGCUUUGUAGACAAUAUAUUAUGUAAAUUUCUGUUCAAUGUUUUCUGGUUAAAAAACAAACACAGUGUUAUAAAGAGAUAAAAAAAGAAGAAUCCUAACUGUGUAAUGACAAACAAAUGGAUAAAAUUAAGAUACAGAAUAUUUUAUGAGGCAACAAAAGAUAAGACAUAUUUUUUAAUCUUUAAUCUUGUUUCAGUCGGUUUCCACCAUGUUCUGCUGUCUUAAACAGUAAUAAUAAUAAUGCUUUACUAACCUAUAGUAGGCUACCACAAUUUAUAUUUUCCCCCAAGUUUUAUUCUCUUUUUAACACACUUAAAUGUUUCAGACCAUCAAAUUGAUUUUAACAUAAAACACACA